AUAUCACGUGACAUGUGAGUGACGUCACAGCCGUCAUUCUCUUGUUCUGAUUCUCUCCUGUAGUGUUUGUAUCUCCACCAUGGCGGUUGGUAAAAAUAAGGGACUGUCGAAAGGAGGAAAGAAGGGUGUUAAGAAGAAGAUUGUGGAUCCGUUCACAAGGAAGGACUGGUAUGAUGUGAAGGCUCCGUCGACCUUCACCAAGCGUCAGAUUGGCAAGACGCUGGUCAACAGAACGCAGGGCACGAAAAUCGCGUCCGAAGGUCUGAAGGGCCGCGUUUUUGAGGUCUCGCUUGCUGACCUGCAGGACGACAAGGAUGCCGAAAGGUCUUUCAGGAAGUUCAAGCUGAUCGCUGAAGACGUUCAGGGCCGCAAUGUCCUGUGCAACUUCAACGGCAUGGACCUCACCACGGACAGGCUGAGGAGCAUGGUCAAGAAGUGGCAGACCCUCAUUGAGGCCAACGUUGACGUCAAGACCACCGACGGCUAUCUUCUUAGGGUUUUCUGCAUCGGGUUCACUCAGAAGGACCAAAUGUCUCAGAGGAAGACCUGCUAUGCUCAGCACACUCAGGUGCGCGCCAUACGUAAGAAGAUGGUUGAGCUGAUUACGUCGAAUGUGGUUUCUUCUGACCUGAAGGAAGUUGUCAACAAGUUGCUUCCCGACUCGAUGGCCAAGGACAUCGAAAAGGCGUGCCAGGGAAUUUACCCUCUGCAUGACGUUUAUAUUAGAAAGGUCAAAGUGUUGAAGAAGCCCAGGUUCGACCUGAGCAAGCUGCUUGAGAUGCAUGGUGACGCCAAGGGAGAGAGUUCAGAGCCAGGUUCCAAGGCUGACCGACCCGAGGGAUACGAGCCUCCAGUUCAGGAGUCUGUCUAAUCAAUAAAAACAUUCUUUAAAAC